UUCCUCAUCCUUCGCGCUGCGCCGCUCCACACACCCGGCGCACCAGCGGGACAGUCCGGCUGCACCAGCGGCUCGCUCGGACCACCUCAACCCGGAGCGUGAGUCUGCUGGAAAUAUAAUUAAACCGGAGACAACCCGUCGCUUUUUCAAUUCCCUGAGAAAUCAGACCCAGUGGAGUAGCAGACCAGGGUGGCAGCAGCCAAGACUUGCCCAAAAAGAAGCACCCUACCGAGGAUAAUAGAGGAGAUGAAGGAUUAGGGGAUAAUCCAGGAUGGCUCCGUGGUGCGACCGCAGAACCGUUUGCAGCUGGACUCGGACCUAUUUCUGAGCUGAUGUUGACAAAGCCAGAGCCCAAAGCAAGCCCAGCAACCUGACCACACUCCAACUGGAUCGGCUGCCUACAGGAACACAACUGCAUAGUGUUCUCCUCAAUUUAUGCCUGUUUAAUUCAGCCAGCUAUGCAUAACAAGAAGCUACAAAGAGUGGGACAGAAUUUGGCCUGUACGUGAUAAACAGAGUUGAUAUUCCAGUGAACUAUUUGCCGUUGCAGGCCUGGAGUUCAGCUCUUCAGACUCAGAAAUUACACAGUUUCACAAUCUUGGAAUCACAUUUAGGAGCUAUUUCCAGGUCCAGACUUUCGUCUGCUGAACUGUCAAUGAUUUUGGCAAAAUCUAAGAGGAGUUGCAAUUUGUUGUUCAGUUCUGCCUUUCUGUUGGAUUAAAAGCAAUUCCAGGAAUUGUUUCAAGUUCAAGAAAGCCAUUUACCUUUUGUGAUCAUGAAUCUUCAGGAGAAGCUGUCAGGCCUCAAAGGUCUGGUCUCACACUCCCACAGCAAGCGCCGUCAUAAGGGCGACCUCACGGUGGAGAUGAUCAGCCCACCUAUGGGUGACUUCCGCCACACCAUGCACGUGGGCCGCGGUGGUGAUGUGUUCGGGGACACCUCCUUCCUCAGCAAUCACGGCGGAACGGGCAACGGGAACAACGGGGAAACGGAUUCUGUUUCCAGUCCUGACAACAAGAUUGGAGCGUUCUUCUCCAGGACCCUCCGUCAGAUCAGGAGGGGCUCCGACAAUCGACCCAGAGAAGGAUCCAAAGAUCUGUCACCGCCACCUCCCGCCAUUUCUCCCAUCAUCAAGAAUGCCAUCUCCCUCCCCAGGCUGGAUGUGGAUAUGCCCAACGGGAGUCCCACCACCAAAGUGCUCUUUCCCAGUUCUCAAAGCACGCCAGAGGAGAAGAAAAGCUCUUAUGGUCUGGAGUCUGGUUUCGUCACUCUGCCUCGCCUCUCCCGCUCCGAGCGUCAGCAGCCGUCCAUCUCCCUCCCCACUUCCUGUUCCGCCAACAUUCACCGCGGCUCCCUGACCGACCCCUCCGAUGCCAUCUUAUCCACCUGCUCCUCCUCCAUCGUUACUUCUGCCCCCAAACACACCGCCGCCGCCUACUCCGACUCCCUCCCUUCCCUCACCUCCCUGGACACCUUCACCUUCGACCUCGGGCCCUCCCUCAUGAGCGAGGUGUUCGGCCUGAUCGACGGCCACCCGGAAGAGCACGUCCAGGCCUGGGACGGAGAAGAGGUGGGGUCAGCGUGCGGAAUGACCAACGAAGGAUCGGAGAUGGACUCGGCCACUAUCUCGUACGUGGAUUCCUUGCUGAGGGAGGACUGCGGGGGCAGGAAGAGUCCUCACGGGGCUGAAUGGGAAGACGAGGAGGGCGUGGAGGUGAACGAGCUUUCUGUCAAAGUACCAGAUGUGGUGAUGGGGUCUCCUGAAAGAGCGAUGAUAGGGGUGAGGAUGGAGAGCGAGCGGUUCCAGAGUGCAACGGAUGUGCUCGCACGUCAUUAUGGCGUCCGAGACCGAGGAGGAUGGAGCAGGAUGGACGCUGGAGAUUCAGAGAUGAUGAAGAAGAAAAUGUCCUACAGUUACAUGGACGACGAGGAUGAAAUCAAAGUCUGAGCUGAGCAAUUCCAAGAUCUGAUGUGUGAUUCCUCUGUUAUUCCAAUCAAAUCAAUCAUCUAGAAUCUUUUCAUGAUUGACCAAGAAAACUACAACCUAAUCCAGUGUCCUUGAUCCUGGAUUCCUUCUUCUAUGCAAUCAAGGAUGUACAGCUUUGAUGCAAACCUGCUGCUGAAUGUAUCUAAAAGGAGUGAAAGACUCGAUGCUGUAUGUUUCCUGCUUUACGAUGGAUAACUGCCUCUGAAAAAAAAAACUGAAGCAAACGGAAGGCGUGGAAAGUGAGGAUGUACCAGAGAAUGUAGCUGAGACGGUCUCAAAGGAAACACCAAAGUGGAAGUUACCAACCCUGUCAUUCACUUCACACACUUCCUCAUACACGAAGGGAAAAGAUUCUCAGAGCGAGUCCACAUCACUAAUGAGAGAGGAAGUCGGGGUUAGAAAAAUAUAUUUGUUCUUAGGACAACAUUUUGGCUUCACCACACUCUCUUGUCAACUUUUCACUCAGGAAUAUACAACCAGGGGAGAAAAAGGGAAGAGAAUGAAUGAAUGAGAGAUCAGGAAUCUCUGUGAAGCAACAGAUAAACCGUCAGAUAAAGCAGAGAAAUGCAGAUGUUGCUGUUAUUACACUACAAGGACUGAGGGAAUAUAAUAUUGGUAUUUGCUAGAUGCAACUAAAGCCUGAACCAUAUAAUUGUUCAUUUUAUGCUGUGGACCUUCUAUAUAGAUACUCUGUGCACCUUUUUUUUGAUUAUGAAGUCUGACCCCUGUAUUGCUUUUUAUAGAAGAAUUGUCAUUUAUAUGUUCUUUUAUACACAAAGAUAUCAACGGACCUCCUAUAAAUAUGUACUUACAGUAUGAGCACCUGCAGUACAUAGUGCAAUUCACAUCCAUAUGCUGCAGUCAGUACCAGCGAUAUACUAUGAUGAUGUAAAAUGACAAUAAAGAUGUUUUUAAUUA